AUGGCUAUUCAAGCUGCCAUCAUGAACUCUCAGUUCUUAAACUUCUGCUUUCCUGGCUCUGUCAUGGAGUACAAGGUUGAGAAGCAUCUGGAAGGGGGCCUUCUGGAUUGCGAAGGGGACUUUCGGGAGACCACCAGAGACCUGCUUAGCUUUAUUGACUCGGCUUCCAGCAACAUCAAACUUGCAUUGGACAAACAUGUCAAGUCCAAGAGGAAGGUCAACCACCGCAAGUACCUGCAAAAGCAGAUUAAACGGUGCACAAGCAUCAUCUUACCAGGGACUGCACCGGUCCAGGAGCUGUGCAAGAGUAAAGGGUCACCCCAAACCCCAACCGGCAACCUGCCCAGCAAAACAAUACCCAAGAAGGACGGGAUACAGACCAACCUGCAAAGAAUGAGUCUGGCUGCCCUUUUUGAUCCAGCAAAGGAUGUGCGAGCAGAAAGAGCCAAGAAGCCCCCGUUGCGGAACAGAAACCUUCCACCAUCCUUCUUUACAGAGCCAGCCUACAGCUCGAGAGUUACAUCAACAUCUGUCAUGUCACUGAAAGACCUGGAGCGUGAGACUCCGGAGGAAGCUGAGUUCUUGGAGCUUCUCGGGCCUGACUACAGCAAUAUGAUCUUGGAGCAGGAGCUAUUCCAAAUGGCACCUUCCAGGAUCCAACCGGAGGUGACCGUAGGCCCCGAAUUGGUCUCUUAUGAAUCGCACAAUUUUGUAACUGGUGAUUUUUUGUAUGAUGAGCCUUGGUGUAUUUGUAGUGGCACACCCAAAAAGACUGGGGACAUGCAGACGCUGCAGCCAAAUCUUUAUAGUAUUACAGACCUUACUGGCGCCAUGCCUGUGGAACAGAGUUCGCCAUGUGCAAUUCCCUUUCCAAACUUCUUAACAGAGUGCUCUGCACCUCCGGUCUCCUAUGAUCUGACGAAUGGAUACAACAGAGAGAGCUAUCCUUCUCUUUAA